UAGACUGUAAUUCAGAAAUGUGUGUAUUCAAAAAUGCAUAAAGAGCGUGUAUAUUUAUUUAUGAACUUGUAUUUAUGCUGAUCGUAUCAGUCAUGCGCAAUGGAUUGACGAGCAGAGAAAUCAAAAGCUUUUUCGCCUCCGCAUUUGCCUUCAGAUCAAUGUGUCUGUUCGGGAUUUACGCGCGUUACCGGAAUAAUACGUCAGAAUGGGAUUAAGGGAUGUGAGUUGCCUGUGUAAUAUCCGCAACUAUCUUCCGACUCUAAUUCAAUAGGAUCUCCGCCGCGGCUGCUGCUGCUCCGUCGAGAGCAGACGGACCGUUUCAGCCUCAUCUCACGCGCGCGCGGCAGCUGGAGCCGUUUGAUCGCCUCCGACAGAAACACCGGGAGAAAUCGGGGCGGAGGAAGUCUCCUGCAGAGAGGAUUCCUCAAUACAUCUUCCCGUAUUGAUGAAGGAGGAACGCGCAAAGAGGAGUCGAGGAUGCGAGCGCGCAUUGAAGACGCAUCCAUAUAAAUCAGGAGAAUUAGGAAGUUCUGAUGAAGACCUGAUGAGGAAGAGGUUUGAUUGAGUGCGAAUCUUAAGUCUCUCACCUGACAUAGACCGGAGGAUGGUCCCCGGGGCCCCCAGCGCGACCACCACCAUGCUCCCUGCCUCAGAAGCUGCCAAAAUCUACCAAACCAACUACGUGCGUAAUUCCAGAGCCAUCGGCGUCCUCUGGGCGAUCUUCACCAUCCUCUUCGCCAUCGUCAACGUGGUGUGCUUCAUCCAGCCGUACUGGAUCGGGGACGGCGCGGACACGCCGCAGGCGGGCUACUUCGGGCUGUUCCACUACUGCAUCGGGAACGGGCUGUCCCGGGACCUGACCUGUCAGGGCAGCUUCACGGAGUUCAGCAGCAUCCCCUCCGGAGCCUUCAAAGCCGCCUCCUUCUUCAUCUGCAUGUCCAUGGCGCUGGUCAUCACCUGCAUCGCCUGCUUCGCGCUCUUCUUCUUCUGCAGCACCGGAACCGUCUACAAGAUCUGCGGAUGGAUGCAGCUGGCUGCAGGCACCUGUCUGAUUCUGGGCUGCAUGAUCUACCCUGACGGUUGGGACAGCGACGAAGUGAAGCGGAUGUGCGGUGAACAGACGGACAAAUACACGCUGGGCGCUUGCUCCGUGCGCUGGGCUUACAUCCUGGCCAUCAUGGGCAUCAUGGACGCCCUCAUCCUCUCCUUCCUGGCCUUUGUUCUGGGGAACCGUCAGGAUAGUCUGAUGUCUGAGGAGCUCUUAGCAGACAAGACUGGAAAUAAUGCAAUAUAAUUCUGGAAAAUCAAGAACAGGGUUGAUUUGAGGAUUCUGCUUCUAUCGUCUGGUGGCUUAAAUGAGCCAAAGUGUUGGGAAUCAUCAGAUCCGUGCAGAAGAUGCUCUGGAAAAGUGUUGGGAGGCUCUCUUUCUGUAAAAUAGUUCCCAUUUUCAGCGGCGGCGUGGCUCAUUUCUGCAGGAACAGUCAUCUCAAAAAGAAUAAACCUGCCUGUCCUUUCACUGCAUCUUCGGGUGCUGGAGCGCCAAUUCACCUGAAGAGACUUAAAUCGUCUUCUGGACUCUGAUCAGACUUAAGUGGCAUCAACCCAAUGACGUAAUCAGAUUUGGACGGACGCGGAGAACUUUAAAGAAAUUUCCUCACAUUUACGGAAACUCUGGCGUUUGCACAGACGUGAGGACUGAGGAAAUUCACAAGCGAUUUUCUGAUGACGUCUUUGAUUAAAUGAAAUCUAAUUUAUGUACACUAUUAGGUUGUUGUUUGCAGACGUGUUCAUUUUGUCUUGACCUUGUACUGUGAAAUAUCAGCCUAAUGGUCCAGUAUUAGUAUGUGCAUAGAUAGAUAGUGGUCUGAUAGUACUGUAAAGACUUAGGAAGGUGUCACAUGUGAACAAAUUAACUGAGUUUCUUUUAAGUUUCAGUCUGGUGUUUGGGUUUAUGCAGACUUGCAUAAACCGAAAAUCUUUUUUACGUUAAUUUUUUAACAUGAGCUGAAAUGACUCUGCCCCCAAAAGGAAAAAAUAUAUAUAUAAAUAAAUGUUUCCAGAAACUAUUUCACUUAAAAUGCACCGAUCAUCAUUUUUUGUAUGUAUUGGUCAUCAUGAUUGUUAACAAUAUUGAUAUAUUGUUUGUGUUGUUUAAAAAAAAAAAACAUGAAUUUGCCUUGGUUGUUUGAGAACUUUUGUGUGUUUACAUGUUUCAGUUCAUGCAGCUACAAACCUAAAAAAACGAACUAAACACUGUUCAUGACACUCAGACCCUUUCAAAAUAAAGGAGCGUCAAAUGAGAGUUCAUUUAACAAAUGUUGAUUUAAAUGCUUGUUUUAUUUACUAUUAUUUUUGGCUUCCUGGCAAUCAAAGUAGCUUAACAUUAAAUUUCCUGCACAGUUAUCAUAAAUACAGUGAUAAAUCAGAAGGCUUUGGUUCAUGUGAAGUUUUACUUGACAGCAAAUGGAACUCAUUUAUGCUACAAGCCCUCUAGUGGUUAUUUAGUGAACUGACCUGGCUACAGAUCAUUUUUAAAUCUGACAUCCAGCCUUAUUUCAACUAAUUUAUGGUAGAUGUUUGAUAACGAUGUAGAGCCACUAUGUAGAGACUCCUCCCACCUGGCAUUCCAAACAGGAAGUAGCCAAAAUCACAUGGAUUUCUAAUGAAAAAUAAAGAGCUAUAACUCCUAUUAGUCAGAAUUCUUGAUCUGCUAAAUGUUUUUGAUACUCUUUUAUUUAUUAAAGAUUUUUUUCCUUUAUUGCAAAUUAUAAAUUGGCCAAUCAGAUUCCUCAAUAAAAGUCGGUGGUCUUAAGUUGAACAUUUGAAACAUUUGAUUGACAGAUGUGAUCUUACAAUAGACUUACUCCUAAUCGGCAAGAAUGGUUUAAAUAGAAACGAUUGAGACUAAUGUGGACCAUUGACUGUACACAAGAACUGGAGUAUGAUGUCACCCAUAGGAAUAGUUUAGUUCCAGCUCUAACGAAAUUAAGUCAAUUCAAUCAACUUUUCUUUCCCGAUACGGCCAUGUUGGAGCCAAAAGCCAUUAGUAAGCAGUGAUUGGUUUGAGCCUGAAUUGACGUUUCUAUGGCAACCACUCUCACCAAUCAAGAGAUAGCUGGUUGCAAGUCCACACCCCUACUAAAACUAAAAACAUAAUUUUUUCGUUUGAAAUAACAUUUUUAAGUGUCACUCUAGGUCACACACUGGCAAAAUUCAAACUACACUUUGGAUCAGGACAAACGGCAACAUCAACAAAAAACUGACAUUCAAGUGUUCCAUUUUAUGGUAAACAACUUCAAUUUAAGUUUUUCCUGUCCACUGAAAAAAUGUAAACAUAAGCAAAGAUAAAUCUCAAAAUCCAGAGUUUAAAUUGAAAAGACAAACCUACCAUAUAGGUUUAGUAGUUGUAGACAGUUUAUAUUUGAUAUAAAUCAUAAUAAUUAUUAUUAUUAUAUGCAUAUGAAAAAGCAGUUUACUUUGUUUUUCUAAAUGAUUCAUGUGUGACCAUUACACAAAACAUUUAAAUUAAUUUAAUGGUCAUUUGAUAAAAUACACAUCUGUUAGAAAUGUAUUAAUCGGUUUUCUGAGGCGUAAAUUCCAAGUUGUGUGUGUGGAGGGCGCACGCGCGCGCUAAACCGAGAUCCCGCGCACCACUGUUUGACAAACUUAAACGACAAAUGCUAAAGGACUAUCUCACAGCACGAAUUUAAGACGUAAAUAUCACAAAGUAGGACUUAGGAUAACUUAUCCCCCCUAAAAUAAUUCAUUAAAUGCUUUUAAAAAUGUUAAAGACUCCCUUAAAAAGCAAAAAAAAAAAAAAAAAAAAAAAAACUUGCUAGCUAGCUAACGAUAGCAUCGUUAGCUUAGCCGUGGAGCACAAUGUUUUACAUCUAGAUGAUCGCAUUAUCUAUCACCCCCGUAAUUAUUUUAAAACACAUGGAAAAAAAAACAUGGGCAGAAGACAAUAACGUCAACAUUAAACUUGAGUUAUAGUUCUUUUGUUACUUACUAUUCCAGUGUAGAGCCGACUGUCUCCUGCAGUUGAUGUCUUCGGUUUAAGAACUCUUAAUAGUAGGACCUUAAGUGUAAGGUGUUCUGUGAGUGCCUGAUUAAAAUAUUUAAAAAUAUGUAUUCCAUUUUAUUGUUUAGCUUAAGUUACAAAUAUACACUUUGUGUGUCAGAAGUGUCGUUGGGUGUCGCUUCAAAUAAAAUUAUUACUAUUAGAAGAUCCAUAUGUAAUAGUAAAAUAACCAAUAAUAUUUUGGCUUCUUGGCAGGGACUUCCUGUUUGGAAUACAAGGUGAGAGUGUCAUAGAAAUAAAGAUUCUUCUUCUUCUCUCUGUCCUGUUCUCAUAUACAGUCAAUGAUUCAAACCAAUUAUUACUUACCGACAUCAUAUGGCUCCAACAUNAAAAAAAAAAAAAAAAAAAUGGUGAGUGAAUUUUGUUGGAGCUGGAAGCAAAUUGCUUUCUAUGCGUGACGUCACACUCAGUCCAGUUCUGAUAUACAGUCUAUAAAGCUGAAGACUUGGUUACAGUCGGCUAUGAUGGAUCGCCACUGGUAAAAAAUAUAUAUAUUUGUCUAGAAAAAAACUUCACUUUUUCUUUUCAACAUUCUUCUCCAAAAGUUACCACUUGCCCACUCUAGUUCUUGUUGUAGCAUCCAGGAACGAACCUCUUCAUGCGUUUUAAACUUGUGUGGCAUUAAAGGCACAUUUAUCAGCUUUCAAACGUGUACUUUGAAGUUUUUAUACUAUUGUUAAAGUAAUAAGCUAUUAAAGCAGCAUAUAAAACCUUCCUAAGAAAUUGUGAGGUCAUUUCAAAUCUUUUUUUUGUAAUAAAUGUGCAUUUCUUUUAUAAUAGUGAUGCUACCCCUAAAAUGUCACCCAUAAAGUUUAAAAAUGGAGCUCUGAAGGAUUUAUCAAUUAUCAUUUUUUCUCCCAACUCGUUUUCAAAGAAAUUCAUUAGAUUUCUUCCAAAAAAUAUGAAAUCUUUUUAAAAACCUGCACAUUUUGCUCAUUUCCUAAAGCUUCUAUCAAAGGUUUUCCACACAGACAAACGUCAAGACAAAUAGUUUAAAACUGUCAAUACAGUGAUUUAUUAUAAUGAACCAUGAAAAUAGCCAACCAGUGCAGUGUCUGUGAGUUUCUCCCCUCCACACAAACAUACACUCACACACACAAAUAAUAAAAAAACAAGGUUAAAUUGUCAAUAAAGGAAAAAAAAAAUAAAAUAAAAAUAAUGCUACAGUCACAGAAACAUUCAGCUUUGCCAAGAAAAAAAACGAUCAUAUUUACAUCUAUAUUUCAAAAUGGGAUGGGAGCGAAUUUUACAAGCAUAGAAAAGAAAAGAAGCCAAUAUUUACAUCCUGUUUCUGGUGAAAGCUGAAGUAACCACCUAUACAUUAAAUUACACUUUCUACAAAUAACCAUUGAUAUUCAAAAAUAAACCGCUAACGUCCUACUUGUAGGUGAGACCCAUCUGCCUACCACAGAAGACUACAAGCACGAAAAACCUCGCACGCGUGACUCCUCUAAGCUGCCAAACGCACCGGAACGCACUCUCAUUCACGCACAGACACACAAGUGCAGCCUCCUGCGGCAGACGCAGUCUCCUCCCAAUCCUGAAUCUGCAGCGGUGAACAGAUUAUUUGUUGUUAGACAGAAGAAUAAAAAAAAUAAUUGCUUUUUUUUUUCUCUAUACAAAAAAGCUUUUCUCUUUGUUAUAAUGACCCAAUAGAUUAAAACGAAUGGAGUACAGAGCUGACGACGGGGGGAGAACAGAGGGGAGGGAGGCUGGAAUGUCCACUGAUAUCCAAAGUGCAGGAGCUCGCGCACGCCGGGUUUCUGGCGGCGGGGCGGAGCUCUCCUCCCCGGGAGCAGGAGGAAGUCGUAA